AUGGCGUUGGCCAGCGGUCACUGGCUGGAGAAAGUGAGGAGGGGAGAAGCUCCAAGUCCACGCCACGGCCACGCUUUAGCCGUGGCAGGAGACGUCGCCUUUCUUUUUGGAGGCGCCUGCAGCAUCGAUGAGGAGGUGAGCUCAGCACUUCUUUACUUCAGUGACUUCUACAUGCUGACAGUGACUCCUGAUGAUGUGACCUGGGAGGAGAUUCCUCAGAGCGGAGACGUCCCCUCAGCCAGAGAAGGACACACUCUGUGUGUUGUGAAAGGGAGGCUGUAUCUGUUUGGAGGAGCAUCCAGCCCUGACGCCACCGAGUGUCUCCCGGGAGUCUGCAGCUUUGAUAUCGUGACUCUGACCUGGGAGUGCUUAGCGGUCGGGGGCGUGGCCCUCAGAGCCCUCAGACACUGCUCUGCUGCUGUGGGCGACAACAUCUACGUGUACGGAGGCACGGUGGCAGGGAAUCCAACCGACGACCUCAUCGUGUUCAACACAGUGUCUCUCACCUGGACGCCGGUCAGAACGAGUGGAUCUCUGCCUCCCGCCCUAUGGGGUCAGAGCUGCACUCUGGUUGGAGAUCAGGUGUUCAUGUUUGGAGGUUUUGGAGCAGGAGGAGACUUCUGUAAAGACCUGUUUGUUCUCAGCACAGAGAACCUGCAGUGGCAGAAACUGGAGGUGAAAGGAGAAUCACCUGCAGCCUGCAGCGGACAAACACUGACUGCACACCAUGAUAAGGACAUCUACCUGUUUGGGGGCAGAAGCACCAACGAGGACGGCACAGCGACGUCAUCCAGUGAAAUCUAUAAACUCAGCAUCGCGAAGAUGAAGUGGAAGGUCCCGCUGUACGUGGGGAUUCCUCCGGCCCGUCGACACGGACACGCCGCCUUCAUCCUUCACAGCCACCUGUAUGUGUUUGGAGGCAGGAACGAAGAGCAGAAGUUCAAUGACCUGAAGGUGAUGAAGCUCAUUAACCCAUCAGAGAGGCAGCCAGUGAUGAAGGAGAUCCUGUCAGAGUUUGGUCUCCAGGGCAUCAGCCACAGCUUCACUCCCACAAAAAUUCCCAACGUCCGCUACGAGCUGAGCGAGCCGGCUCCGUCCGUCCGGCCCAAGAACACGACAGUAACUCCACAGGCGCCGGUGCACAGAGACUUCAGUGCAGCUCGAGAUCAGGCCAUGACAAUGAUCCAAACAGCCUUCACGCUGCUGGACCAGGAGUUCCAGAAACUGGAUCGAGAGACGUCAGAGCUGACUGAAGCUGCAGCUGCUCUGCAGAGAGAGAAAGAAGCUCAUGAAGCUCAGAGACAACAACAGCAACAGUUGCUGCAGGAGAUGCUGGACAGACAUCGCUCUCAGAAUGAGGCUUGGCUUCGAGCGAGAGCUGAAGAGAACGACCGAGAGAGGAGGGAGCUCUGCAGGCUCAGAGAGGAAGUGUUGCAGGAACAGGAGAGGCUGAAAGAGGAGCAGAGCAGCAUCCAGAAACGCAGCGAGCAGCUCCUCUCCAUCAUGCAGCAGUUCAAAGGAAUGUGA